AUCACAGGCUCGGCAGACUUUCCCUCUCCGAUGAUCUGCCUCUGGUCAGUCUGACGGUCGACAACGUCCACCUGGAGCACGGCGUGGUCUACGAAUAUGUGAGCACCGCUGGCGUCAAGAGCCACGUCUUGGAAAAGAUCGUGGAGCCCAAAGGCUGUUUCAGCCUGACCGCUAAGAUCCUGGAGGCWUUCUCUGGUGACGACAGCCUUUUUGUACAUAAUUGCAGCCAGCUCAUCUCCCAGAGCGACCGAGUCGUUACCAUGCCCCAGUACGAGUUCAGACAAAUCUGCGACACCAAGCUGGAGAGUAUCAAACGGCGCAUCAGCAGCUAUCAGCAGUUCUCCCAGGAGCUGAGGGACAAGGUGUGGCCCCCCUUCAGGCAGGCUGGCGUCCGCCCUCACCCACUGGGCUGCAUGGACUUUGUUCCCACAAACUGUCACGUCAACUUGAUGCAGGUCUCCUACCCCAAAAGUACUACCUCAGCCGGCAGGACUUUCAGCAUCCGCUUCGGCCGCAAAAACUCUUUCUUUGGCAUGGACCCAGACCAAGCACAACUCAACCCCAUGUCCCACACGCAGCACUGCGUGACCAGCAUGGGGGCUCCUUCCUGGAGCUGCUCCGGCCUGGAGGUGGACGAGGUGGACGGCAGCGGGGAGGAGACGCCGGACGGGGGCGAGGGAGGGCUGGACGGACAGCAGGGCGUCCGCGGAGAGGGCGGGCUGAGUUUCCUGCUCAAACAGGAAGACACGGAGACGCAGGAUGCCUACGUWUACUUGUACAGCCGCCUGGACUUUGUGCUGAGGGAAAUGAAGCAGUACGUGGCACAGAUCGAUGUCCUCCUGUCGUCUAUCACUGAACCAACACAACUGGAAGCAGAGAGUGGCGAGCCCCCGGCUGAUGAGCCCACUCAGCCACCGUCUUUGGCCCCCUGCGAGGACGGCUGCGAUCAGGAUAAAGCGGAGCAAGGUGGCAUUAAAAAAGUUUGUUUUAAGGUGAUCGAAGAGGACCAGGAGGACUCUGGUCACGACACAAUGAGCUACAGGGACUCCUACAGUGAAUGCAACAGCAACAGAGACUCGGUUCUGUCCUACACCAGCGUGCGGAGUAACAGCUCCUACCUGGGGAGUGACGAGAUGGGAUCAGGGGAUGAGCUGCCGUGUGAUAUGAGGAUACCUUCUGACAAACAAGACAAGCUGCAUGGCUGCCUCGAGCACCUUUUCAACCAGGUGGAAUCCAUUAACGGCCUCCUCAAAGGACCUGUUAUGACCAAGGCCUGCGAGGAGACCAGGCACUUCUACGCUGACCACAGCCAACCAGAGUUUCGUCAAACGGACGACUGGACCGCCCGCUGUCGUUACGUUAUCUACAAGAACAUCCAGGAGGACCCUUGGAACCUGCCCAACUCAAUCAAGACGCUGGUGGAAAGUCUGCAAAGAUUUGUGGAGGAUGGAAAGAACCAGCUUCUUCUGGCUCUGCUGAAGUGCACAGACACCUCCCUGCAGCUGCGACGGGARGUGAUCUUCUGCCAGGCGGCGACGGGCGCCCUGUGCACGCUGGCCGAGCAGCUGCUGACAGCCCUGCGGUCGAGGUUCAACAAUGCUGGCGAGUAUCAGGAAGACAGCAAGGAGACCAGCCGCAAGUGGCUGGAGCAAAUCUCUGUCAUCGGCGUUUUGCUGCACUUUCAGUCCACGCUCGCCCCACARCUGAAAGAGGAGCGCACCAUGCUGGAGGACACCAAGGCGGCCCUGUUAGACUUGGACAAAGUCACUGUGUUUUUCAAGCAGCUGGAGGAUGAGUGUCUAGUUGCAAACACACCUGUGUGUUACCAGGUGGAGGGCAGCCGACAUGCCCUAAAGGUCACCAUGUACCUGGACAGCUGUCACUUCAGUGAGCUGCCCAGCCGGCUGCAGAACGGAGGCAGCCUGAAGAUCCAGACGGUCCUCUUCAGCAGAGCUCUGGAGCGUCCAGAAGGAGUGUCCCAACAGGACUAUGCUGACAUGGAGGAGUUCCAGCAGCGCAUCAAUGCUGUUUCACUAGAGAGGGUGAAGGCCUACUACCGCCGGCUCAGGGCUUUCUUUUUGGAGAAGUCAAAUCUCCCCACUGACUCAAACUCCACAGCCAUGAAGAUAGACCAGAUACUGGGCCUUGAAGUUAGAGACCUUCAACCAAGCAUUUCAAAACUGCUGCGGCCCCUGAACACCCUGGAUGACCUCUGUCGCCUCAUGCAGUCCUACGUGAACGUGCGUCCGAACGCCCAGGGCCACCCGUCGGGCGUCGGCGUGCUGUGCGUGUCCUCUGAACUGUGCAACCGCCUGGGAGCCUGCCACAUCUCCAUGUGUGGCACGGGCAUGCAGAGAUGCACUCUUAGCGUGACGCUGGAGCAGGCGACGACCCUGGCCCGGAACCARGGGCUGCUGCCGCGCUGCAUCAUGCAGACCAUGGACAUCAUGAGGAAACAGGGUGCAAGAGUUGAACUCUCUGCUAAAAAUCUCAAAGUGAUGGACCAGAUGCCUCCAUCAGCUCCCAGGCUCUUCAGGUUGUGCUUGCCACCCUCAGAUGGAGAUCUCUAAAAACACCUGAGUCUCCAUCGUAGAGAGGGGAAAAAUGCAGGUGGAAGGAAUUAAAGGGGAUGACAUAAACUAUAAGUCUGAGUUUUUACCUCUUCCCUUCUAAAGGAUGCUGCCAGUAAAAAAAAUAAAUAAAACUUCUACACCACUUCUCAACUGCAACAGGGAUCAUCUCAGCAUCAGUAUCACCUGGAGAGCUAACAAGACUGUUCAGACAACAAAACGAGGAACCACAGAAAGACUCGUGCAACCAGAGGCCCAGGACUAGUCCUGUACUGUUUCUUCUGCACAUCCCAACACGAGUAAACAGGAGAAACCCACGCUCACAACCGAGCUUCUCUUAUUAACUGGAUUAACCAAACUACCUGUAGCGGGCUGUUGUCUUAAAUGUCGCUGUUCCACACUUUGCCUUGGACUGCAAAACUGCAAGUGUUGUUUCUGUAGCUGCGUGGGCUGGCGUUCCCCAGGGCUCAGAGUUCGGACCACAAGUGAAGUAGAUUAUUUUGAGUUACGGUGGGGAUCGCGCGCGGGCGGAGUCGUCGCAGAAAGUCAAAUAAAAAAAAUUAAAUAGUUAGACAGAAAGAUGGAAGUAGGGAUUGAGGGACAGAUGAAAAAAAUGUUUUUGUUUGUUUUUAUUCCAAGCCCAUUGCAUGUGGUCACCGUGCAAUUACUGUAGGUUUAGUAUUACUACCUUAUAUGAAGGAUAGUUAUUUAUUGUGUCCAGAAGGAACGUUUUCAUUUUUUUCAUAUUCUGUAUCAGGUAUUAAAGAGUCAACAAAACAUUCCAGCCUACGUAUUGAACAGUAUUUAAAGGACCAAUGGCAUGUUUGUUUUUUUUAGAUGUAUCUGCUUGUGUAUUUUUAUUUAAAUGUAUUGACUUUGAAUGAGUCAGUAACUGUCGCAUUAAUCAUCAGGGCAUGUGAGGGAUGGAGAAACUGAAGCUAGCUAGAAUCAGGACAAAGGUAGCUAAUAAACUAAACAAGGUUGUUUCUCAACAAGCAACCGAGUCGACAUGUUGRGCUGUUGAAUUACUGCUAAAUUGUUAAUAUAUUAAUUUAAAUACCUUAGUUGUGGACAAACGUAUGACCUUUCAAAAUUGACUUUUGUGUUUACGGUAAGGAUUGAAAGAAAGCAGAUCGGUCCAUUCAGUGUUAAUGAAAAGUACUGUAAUCAGUUUCAUGAAGAUGUGAACAAAAAGGGACUGUUUAAUGACUGAAACACAGUAACCAAUUUUUAAUURCUUGUAAAUACAAACUGUAAGGAUAUUAGAGAAAAAAAUGAAAAGGGGGGCAGGUAUUACAGCAGCAGAAUAAUGCUAUAAAUUAUACUGGAUUAUUUUUAUUAAAAUAAUAUAGUAUUUAGAACAUUUUGUGUUCGGAUGUGRGUUGGAAGAGAUGCUGCCUCUGUUUUAAAGCAGACAACCACUGGCAAAUUGUUUCUGACUGUUAAACUGUUCAGCCUGAACAUAUUUUAUUUUAUUUUUAUUUUUUUAAUGUGCUGCAUUUGUUAUUUCGAACCCUUCUGUUUAUCUUAAAGCUGUUUUAUUUCAUACAAAUGUGGCGGAAUAGUUUUAUUUUACAUUUGUAGCACAAAUUAUCCAAUGUU